GCUCCGCCCAGCUCCGUGUGACGACGACCAGGCUCCGCCCGUUCCCUCCCCGUCGUUCGCUGCUCGCUCUCCCCAUAGUACGAGGCUGCAGCGGGUCAGUGUUGGAGCGUCCUCCUCCUAGCCGGAGCCUGUACCCAGCGGACCAGCCAGGCAGUUCACCCCUAAUUCUCGCUAAACCCGCCGGACGCCAUGGGAAAUGAGGCAAGCUACCCGUUGGAAAUGUGCUCACAUUUCGAUGCUGAUGAGAUCAAAAGGCUAGGAAAGAGAUUUAAGAAACUUGACUUGGACAACUCGGGAUCUCUGAGUGUGGAGGAAUUCAUGUCUUUACCUGAGCUCCAACAGAACCCUCUCGUGCAGCGAGUAAUAGACAUAUUUGACACCGAUGGGAACGGAGAGGUAGACUUUAAAGAAUUUAUCGAAGGAGUUUCUCAGUUCAGCGUAAAGGGUGACAAGGAACAGAAACUGAGGUUUGCUUUCCGUAUAUAUGACAUGGACAAGGAUGGCUAUAUCUCAAACGGCGAGCUUUUCCAGGUGUUGAAGAUGAUGGUCGGAAACAACCUUAAGGACACACAGUUACAGCAAAUAGUAGACAAAACGAUUAUCAAUGCAGAUAAAGAUGGCGAUGGGAGAAUAUCUUUUGAAGAAUUCUGUGCUGUCGUAGGUGGUUUAGAUAUCCACAAAAAGAUGGUGGUCGAUGUGUGACUUCAGAACAACAUCCAACACUUAUGCUUUCUUCUCCAUCUCUGAAGAUCUGCUCAAGACGUCCAGCAACGCUCUGUGUAUUUUAAAUGGAAGUAUUUUUCUCUGUGAAGCCACAUUUUCCAACAUGAGCCUCAUGAAGCCAACUUAAGUGUUAUUGAACUUUUUAUUCUCUCAAUAACUCGGUGUAGCACUUUAAAGUCUGAAGGACAGCACAAUGGGGAGGAGCAUAUCAGUGUGAUGGAGAAAAAGAAGGGAGUUGGCUUUUUUUUUUCUAUUUAUUUUGUUUCUUCAUCUUUUAUAAACAAG